AUCGGUGUGAGUAACAGAGACGUCAAAUUGCUCAAUGGAUAUUUUGUAAUCAAUCAAUACAACAUAACUUAAAAAAGUUUCGCAUUAUAAUUUCGUCAUAUUUAAAUGAGCGUUAAUUGCAAGCUUGAGGAACCCCGCAGAACUGGGUGCAGCAAAGAUGGUGAUUGGAUGUGUCCCGAUUCCGAAUGUAAGAAUUUUAAUUUCGCUCGUCGUAAUCACUGUAACCGAUGCAACCGCGGGCGACCAACGGAACUAUGUAAUAGUAGCAGUAAUAUCGGAACGGAGUCUCAUAAUUCUGGAGGCAAGAAAAAAGUUGGCAUCGAGAUAGGCAAGGUAGCAGCCGAAAAAUCUCGAGGUCUUUUCAGUGCUGAAGAUUGGCAAUGCAGUAAAUGCGCUAACGUUAACUGGGCUCGUCGACAUACAUGCAAUCUAUGUAACGCACCUCGAUUUUGUGAAGUGGAAGAACGAACCGGCUAUGGAGGUGGCUAUAACGACCGAGGAAUCGUAGAGUACAAGAAUCGUAAGGAGUCGGAUGAUGAAUACGACGAAUUUGGGCGUAGAAAAAAGAGACACUUGGGUGGUGAAUCUGGAAACGUAAAUGCUGAUGUAGUUUCACAGAAAUUAUUAAAAAAAUCAUUCAUUUCCAAUAAUCGGGAUGAAGGUGAUGAUGAUGAAGAAGAAGAUGAAGAUGAUAACGGCGAUCUUUCAAAAUAUGAUUUAUGGGGCUCCGACAUAGAAGGCGAUGAACCCGCUAUAAGAACACAGAAAAUUAUCACCAAAAGGAGCUAUUCAUCGAGCUCGAGGUCAUCGUCCUCAUAUUCCCGGUCCCGAUCAACAACUCCCAGAUAGUCUGAGUGCAAUUGAAGCCAUUCGCUCAAACGCUGCCGGCAAAAUGAACCGUUUUUCUUGGGAAAAAUAAAACAGUGCCUGAACGUCAUAUUGAAUAACAAUUAUAAAAUCACAAUAAUUUGGGUCCCGGCUCAUUGUUCCAUUCCACGCAAUGAAAGAGCCGAUAGUUUUGCCAAACGUGGUGCUAUUGAGGGAGAAAUUUAUAAGAGAGAGAUUGCUUUCAACGAAUUCUAUAGCGCGUCCCGCCGAAGAACACUUGCCAGCUUGCAAGCUUCUUGGAAUAAAAAUGAUCUGGGUCGGUGGAUGCACUCAAUUAUUCCUAAAAUACCGACAAAGGCAUGGUUCAGGGGACUGGAUGUGAGUAGGGACUUCAUUCGUGUGAUGUUCAGACUCAUGUCCAAUCACUACACGUUAGAUGCACAUCUCCUUCGAAUUGAACUAUCCGAGAUCAAUCAUUGUGCUUGUGGCGAAGGUUAUCGUUUGGACAUGCGUGGAGUAUCGUGAUGUCAGAUCUCAACUAAUAAAUUCCUUGCGUACCCAAGGUAGACUAUCCAAUGGAAGAAGAAACGUUCACUGAGGGAUAAUAGCUUCUUUUCGUGAACAAAACAUACAGCAGAAGAAGAAGAGAUACACUUUAGUGUUACCGAGAAAAAAUAACGAGUGAUAACAGUUUAGCGAAAAAUUUGCUGUAAUUGUGCAGUUUGCCGCUAUUGUGUAAAAGCCUUUAUUGUAAAGUAAUAAAAGUAUAUAAAAGUUUAAAGAACAACAAAAAAAAUGAUUCCGAUUGUGAAAAACACCCCUCCAAUCCUAGACGCACGCCGCUCGGACUGCACGGCAAAAUACAGGAUAUUCAUCUGGUGAUAGUGGUGUUUGCUGCUAGGAAAGCGGCCAGGGGAACGCCAAUAGUGCUAGUGGAAAAAUUGGAGGCAAAAUGAUGAUCGGCGGAUUAGUUAU